AUGUCAGAAGUAGGACCCGUAUAUAAAAGUAUUCAAAAAAAGUUAUCUGAAGCACUUAAUCCAACAUCAUUAGAAAUUAUUAAUGAAUCUCAUUUGCAUGCACAUCAUCAAGCAAUGAAAGAUGUUACAAGCAAAGAAACACAUUUCCGACUUAUUUAUGGAUUGCUUGAUGAAGAAAUGAGUACAGGUGUUCAUGCUUUAACAAUAAAAGCAAAAACGCCCAAGGAGUUUUCCACCAGAUUGACUAGUUAA